AUGUGCAGCUGCGGUGGAUGGAACUGGGACUGGCGCACCACGUGCCUUGGCUGUGGGUACGCGGCCCCGCCCUGGGCGCUGGAUGCUGCUGCCAAGGCCAAGCCCCAGGCGGACAAGGACGGCCGGGUGGAUCAGCCGCGCGGGCGCCGUGCCCAGCGGCAGGCCCGCAGCGCGGCAACGAGCGCGGCAACCUCCAAGUCGCAGACCUCGGCGUCGGGCGCCAGUGGGGCGCCCAGCGGCAGCGGCGCCACGGCGAUCGAGAGGCUGCAAGUGGCGGUCGAGCAGCUGGAGGCGCUGCAGGCGGAGCCGCCCGACGAAGUCGACUGCUGCUUCGCCGACGUCGUCGGCAGCCAGCUGGAGGCCAAGCGCGCCGAGCUGGCAGAGGCCCAGAGGGCCGCAGCGGAGCAGAAGGCGGCCUCCAUGCCGCUGCCGCUGCCGACGACGCUCCACAAGGGGGCGAACGCCAUCAGCAAGGCGGAGAGGCGCCUCCGCGCAGCGCGCCAGAGCCUGGCGCAGAAGCAAGAAGCUCGUGGACUCGUCGAGGCCCAGCUGCAGAAGGCCCGGGAGGAGCUGGCGCAGCUCGACGCGGAGGUGGAGGAGGCCAGCCGUGCGCUCCACGCCCUCGAGGAGGAGGCCAGAGUGGAGGCCGCGGCGCAGCUGCGCCAGCGCGCGGCCGAGUGGGCAGGGGCCAGCCAGGUCCCAGGGCCCCUUAUGCAGCUGGACAAGCUGCCCGAGGCAUGGGGCUCCAGCAACUUCGAGGUGGCGCGGGCGGCCAUUCGCCCCCAGGUGGAGGCAGUGCGCGCGCAGCUUGCCGAGGCCCCUGUCGCCCCGAGGAGAGCGCCAUGGGCGGAGUCGCGCCCCAUGGACGAAAUCAGCAGCGAGGACAGGGACCGCGCAAGAGGCUGCAGACACUGGCAGCCGCAGUGCGCCGCGGAGCGUGGCCAGGCCGAGCGUCGCGGUGACGCCCACGGCCGAGCUGCGACGGCAGCUCAAGAUGUCCGCUGCGGGCUGGAGUUCGGGGUCAACGGCAACGCAUGGAGGUGGGGCCUGGAGGGGACCGAGGCCUCGGGCUCGCGCAGCGGGGCCCCGCCGCGCCUUGUAGCGCACCAGGAGGAGGGCCCGCUGGCGAGCUCAGGCGGCGUCGCAGGCUGGAGGCAGGGCUGGAGUGGAGUCACAGCGCCCGCUGCGUCAGACCUGCAGCUGCUGGCAUGCUCGCUGCACCUCCGUGGCGCCCUGGGACCUAAUGGCUUCGACCUCGACAGCUUCGCUGCCUUCGGUGACUCGGUGCUCUACCAGAGACCGCGGUUCAUUCCCUUCGUGGGCAUGGCCACCGAGACGUUCAGCACCAACGGGGCAGGUUUGGCGGGGCGGGCGUGUAGCCUCACCGUGGCCAAGCCGCCUGGGUUGGCAACCCUCCACGCCGCCCCAGCGGGCGGCAGGCCGCUGGGUCUGGCCCGCAACGUCGACGGCGACAUCGCGCUGCAGGCCGUGGGCACGGAGCGGCUGGUGGCCGCGUGGUGCGGCGGAGCAGGGCUGGGAGUGGCACGCCGCCUCCGCGGUCAGCACCCGUCCCUCAGCGCUGCCAAGACGACCUUCCUCGCUCCGAGCCCCAGCCCAGGAUGCCAGCUCGGGGCGUGCGGGAAGUCGCAAGGCGGGACCCUCUGCGAGACCUUGCAGGCCAGGCUGGACCCGAUCCACAAGGCUGGGCCCGCGGCCAGCGGGGUGCGAGGGCGCGCGGUCACGGGCAACGCGGACGGCGAGCUGCACAGUUGGCGGCGGGCGGCCAGUCGCAGCGCAGGAGCGCUCCCCAUGGGCGCAGAGCGAGGGCUGCGCAUGCGAUAUGCCGAGCUCAGGAGGAAGCGUAAACUGGACCCUGCAGCCCUCAGGGCAGGCCACGCAGCCCAGACGAAGACAGGCCUGCUGCAGGCAGGCGAGCUGCCGCCUAUGAUGAUGGAGCGGGGGCUGGGGGCGGCGAAGACCAGGCACGCCAGAACUGACGGGCCAUGGAAACACUGCGCCUCCCCCUUCGACGCGGAGAUGCUGACCCAUGCGAGGGUCGACGGGCACUUCAAGUCCGAGCGGUGCAUGAGCGCGGACCUCGGCGACGAGCUCAACCUAACCUCAGGCACCUCGGGCCUCAGGAGCUGGGAUGGGAGGCUGGCCCAGGCGCUCGAAGUGCAUCCUUUCGUCACGAGACGCGGAAACUCAGCCGCGGCACCUGCCUGCUGGGGGCCCGCAUCUCCAACCCGCACUGGGCGCAGGCCAGGCUCCUCGACGCACGGGAACAGGGGCAAGCACGCUGCUGCGGAGCAGACGGAGGCACCUUGUGGCACCGCCAGCACGGCGGCCCUGUGCACGAGGCAUUCCGAUGAGAAGCUCAACGGCAAACUGUACCUCGACGGCGCGACGCUCGAGCCGCUUUUCGGCGCCUGGCGCUGCGGGGGCGGAGCCACGGCGCACCGCGUCGGCGACGGCAACCUGGUGGCAGGGGUGCACGGCGCAGUCGGGAGCGACCGCUGCCCGCAGCGGACGGCCAAGGACGGCGAAGGCGUAGCGGCCUGGAUGCUCGCCACCCUCGCAAGGCCAGCAGUGGAGGAGGUCAACAUCGACUAUUCGAGGCACGCAGUGCUCGACGGGCGCCUGGCGGAGGCCCAGAGGCGCGGCAACGAGCACGCAAGCCGCCUUGCCGUGAGGAGGGCCCAGACGCAUGCAGCGGACAAGCGGACCGCUGGCGUGCACCAGGCGCAGGCAGGGUUCGUGCAGGAACUCGGGCGCUGGAUCUGGUGGGCCGUCAUCUUCGGGCAAGGCAUCGAGGCCAGGGGCAACAGCUCGGCAGCCGUUUCGGCCAGUGCAGUAGCCUUCAGCAUCCUGGGACAUGCCCUGUCCUACGCCUGCGCUGGAGAAGGUGAGGACACACAGGAGCUCGUGGCGUGCUCCAAGUGUGGCACCUACAUGGCGCUGGGCGGCCGCUCAGGGGUUAAGCCUCGCCUCAAGGAGCGGUGCCCAGGCGACAAGACCGACAAGGGCGGCAGGAACCAGCGCAGCCUGUGGCUACGAGGACUCCAUCCUGGAGGCAGGAGGCAGGAGGGGCCACGAGCUGCCAGGCACAGAGUGAAAGGAGAGGGCAUCCCUACGCUGCGCUCGCAAGGUCCAGUGCCAGAGCACGCGCAGGAGCGGUACCUGGAGUGGUUUGGCACUGCAGCGGAGCCAGCUGCAGACCCCUCGGCCACGGCGGGCGGUGCAGGCAGCGCCCCAGCGGCAGCUGCUGAGCCGCGAGUGGUUGCGGACCCAGGAGGAGGCCCCUCGGAUGCGGCCGUCGCGGCGGCCGCCGCCAGCCUGCCCAAGCGGCGCCCUGCUGCAGCGAGAGAGGGGAGCCUCGGCGAGCUCGGGGUCGUCGAUGAGGAGCUCGCCGCCGCGGCUGGCCCUGCGGGCGGGGCCCUGGAGGGCCGCAGGGUACGCCGCCGCAUGGCGCGCCGUGGCGGCCUGUCCGUGAAUGAGUGA